CAAUUUCACAUCCCUCGAUUGCGGACACAACCUGAUAUCACCCUCGCGGAGGUCUCCGUCGAGUCACUUGUACAUCGCCACCGUCGACUAGAGCACAAAGAACCGUUCUGAAACGGUCGAAACGUCGAAUCGGUUUGAUCGAAUCGCGAAAUUUCGAGGUCAUCAAACCCCUCGAUCCCGGUGCAUCAUGUCCGAAUUCAACGGCCGCCGGGCCCCCAACUUCUCCCAGUACCUCAACGAUUUGAAUGCCAUCCCUUCGCCGUACGACCAGGCCGUUCAGCAGCAGCAACAGCAGCAGGACUCGUUCAACCUCGAUGCGGAUCUCUCUCUCUUCACCAACGCCGAGUUCUUUGAUUUCGAUAAGUUCGGGGAUCUCAACCUGCCCGCUUUCGACUCCGUGGAGGAUGAGAAUUUGAAGACGGAGAACAAGCAAAAUGCUGGUCAACGGUCGGACAUGGAAUUCUUGGACCUUCUCGGUGGUGAGGGCUUUGGCAACAUGCCGGAGUAUUCAGCACCGGAGUUUGGUUCUGUGAACCCCUCGUCCCAGCAAAACCCGCUUCCCAACUUCUCCGCUAUCCCGCAGGUGCCUAACGGAGGCUACAAUGCUAAUCAUAGCCCGAGCCAGUCGUCCGCCUCGUCGCCUCCUUCUGCAACCCCAUCUCAAGCUCCUGCUUCGGCCCCUACGCCCGCUGCCAGCACGCCCGCCGCAGGACCCAAGCGCAAGAACACGCAGAAGACGCCUACGCUCAGUGUCGAGGAAGCCGCGCGCAAUGUAGCUGAAGAGGACAAGCGCCGACGGAACACGGCCGCAAGUGCUCGAUUCCGUGUGAAGAAGAAGAUGCGCGAGCAGGCAUUGGAGAAGACCGUCAAAGAAACCACGGACAAGAACACCGCGCUGGAAGCGCGCGUUACGGCACUGGAACUGGAGAACCAAUGGCUGAAGAACCUGAUCACCGAAAAGAACGGCAAGUCGGCUCAGGAGGGAAAGAAGUCCGAGACGGACAUUGCAGACAUGUUCAAGAAGUUCCUCGCGUCUCAGAAGGCCAGCACCGACCGGAGUAGUUCUGAGUCGAAGAUCGGCGUGGGCACUGCCUAAGCACGAUGAAACUAAAGUUUCUUUUGAAUUCCCUUUGCUUUUGCCUUCUCUGAUUUGAUGCUUGCUCAUUUCUUGUAGAUGUUCUUCUAGCCUUUUUUGAUUUCGUCUGUUCAUAAUUAAUCUGGUUUAUUUCGGAGACUUGGAGGCGGCGUCUCAUGGAGCACGAAUGGGUCGGGUUGGGGUGGAUGAGUGACGCUAUGUUCAUACGUUUUUCAUAUGUUUUGAUCUGAAGUAGAGACUCCAACUGGAGCUCGAUGAUUCCCUUCUCAGUAAAGAGAAAUAAAAGCCACAAAUACGAUUUAUG